CUCACGAAACCACGACGCCCAAAAACAAAAGCCAUAAACACUUGCCGUUCUCGCGCCAUUCCCACCCCAAAGGAAAAAAACACACGGAGGCUCAGUUCAAAUCUCUCCCUCUCUCGCUCGCUCGCUCGACAUGGAAGCCGGCAAGGCCGACGCCGCCGCCGCCGCCGCCGCGCGGCCCGGCUCGACCGGCAACGGCUCGUCCGCCGCGGAGGCCGAGCCCCCCCCGCCGCCGCCGCCUCCGCGGGCCGUGGUGGUGCCGGAGGUGAUGACGAUGGCCGUCAACAUGAGCGUGGGGAGGACCCUGCUGCCGCUGCCGUCCGAAGCGGCGCCACCGGCGGGAGCCGUCGGCGUCGGCGGCGAGAUCAGCUCGUUCGGGCAGGCGAAGAAGAGAGGGAGGCCGAGGAAGUACGACUCCGAGGGCAACCUGAUACUGUCGCCGUCGUCCCCUUCCUUCGGCCUCUCCUCUUCCCCGCCGCGGAGGAGGUACCGCGUCCGGGGUCGCGGCCGUGGGAACGGCAACUGGCAAUUUCCGGCAUCUUUAGGAGAGCUAUUUGCGAGCACGGCAGGAGGGGACUUCACGCCGCACGUGGUCACCGUCAAUACCGGGGAGGACGUAGCAGGGAAAAUAAUGACAUUUGCGCAAGGAGGGGCACGAGGAAUAUGCGUGCUCUCUGCCAAUGGAGCCGUUUCCAACGUCACCAUUCGACAACCCGGUUCUUCUGGUGGCCUUUUGACAUACGAGGGGAGAUUUGAGAUACUGUCAUUAUCGGGGUCGUUCACGUUCACCGACUGUGGAGGAGUUAAGAGCCGGACCGGUGGUUUGAGCGUCUCGUUGGCUGGUCCAGAUGGUCGGGUCAUAGGUGGUGGAAUGGCUGGUUUGUUGGUGGCCGCAAGUCCCAUUCAGGUUGUGAUUGGAAGCUUCACGCCAAAUGGUUACAAGCCUCAUAAAAGAAAGUACACUCGCAGACAAGGAAUUGCACCAGCUCCCACAGCCAUGGGCAGACCGGAUGCCGUCCAAGGGGCCGCCCCGAUUUCGCAACUGAAACCCGAUCAUGCGGAGAUUUCCUUUGCCCAAGCAGAACCAGAUUGUAAAACAGACGAAUUCGAACCGAUCGAGAUUCCAAACACCGAUACGCCGGACACGGAGGAGGAGUGGGACGAUCCCGAGCCCGCGCUCACGCCUGAUCAGGGGCCUUAUCCUGACAUCAAUGUGUCCGUUCCCGGUGACUGAUGAGUCUCUCUAACUCUCAGAGUUCUUAGGCUUUUUUAUUCGGAUCUGAUCGGAUCAGAUCGGAUCAAAUCUAUUUGAGGUCUUUACAGGCUGCUGACAAAAUGACUGGACAAAUUAGAGAGAACUAACUUUGUUUAUGGCUUCCUUUUCCGUGUUUAUGAACGACCUUGUAGGAAAUGCUUUUCUUUGUCGAUCAGUCAACGUUGUGGAAUUUGCUCUC